GGAUGGGGGAAAUGAUUACAUUAAAAGAAGGAUCUGCUCGGCAUACCAAACUGCAGCGAAUGCAAAAACUAAGAUUUGGGUUGAAUUUAAUAUGACAGACAACGCGUUACUACACGGUAAAUGUUCACUGCACCAUUUUCCACUUGCAUGCACAGGAUAGUGCAUAAAGCGAGAUGAAAAUACUCGGCAGUGCACGGCGUAUAAUACAGCUAUAUACACUGAACAGUCCAAAACCGAAAUAAAGCAACUAGAAAAGCUGUUACGGACGGGACAGUCGUAACUGCAUUACCGAAGUGCCUUUGUCGUCUGUCUCACAAACGCAGAGACUUUUCCCUUCCUUGAGGAUAUAAAUCAAAGCGGAAACCAAACGAGCCAUUCAAGCAGAGACCGACGAUGUACGAUCACAUCUCCUCCUUUCGCUGUAUCACAUUGUCCCAGUGGGCUGCCUCUGAGUAGCUUAUUAAGCUUAUUAUUGCGCUACAAACAUAAUUUACCCACGUCCUAGUUAUUUUUAUCUACAGAGUGGGGACUUGGGGGUUCAUGACAUCUGCAAAGGUCACGGAAAAUAUUCGGAGGCUAUCGCGACAGAUGUUACGGAAAUUACCCCCAAGAUGACAAAAGAACGACCUGGGCUGCUGGAAUGAUGGAUCGGAACGGAGCGCCGGGGCUUCUCCUGGUCAUAUGGUUAUUAAUACGGUUCGCUUUGGUCUGUGUCGCGGCAUGCAGUGGGAAGGUUGAGCUUCAUACAGAGAGGAGAGGUGUGAUCUAUAGCCCCUCCUGGCCCCUCAACUACCCCCCCGGAAUGAACUGUUCCUGGAACAUAGAGGGGGACAGGGGAGAGGUCAUCACCAUCAGCUUCCCUAACUUUGACCUGGAGGAGUCAGGUCAGUGCCAGGGGGACUGGCUGCUCCUAGGCCCCACCUGGAGAGAGGAGUACCGGGUGUGUGGCUCCCUCCUCCCCCCUCCUUUCAUCUCCUCCAGGGGAAGAGUCUGGCUCCACUUCCACUCCCAGGCCAACAGCUCGGGACUGGCUCAAGGGUUCAGGCUGUCUUAUAUCAGAGGUCGUCUGGGCCAGUCCAGCUGUCAGAGUGAUGAGUUCCUGUGUGGUAACGGUAAAUGUCUUCCCCGGGCAUGGCGCUGUAACGGCCUGGAUGAGUGUGGUGACGCUACUGACGAACGGAGCUGUGUACCCCCUCCCACCCCUCCCCGCGCCUCCCUCUGCCCCCCCGGCACCGCCCCCUGUACCCAGGCCCAGUCCACCCGCUGCCUGCCCCCCUCGCUGCGCUGCAACGGAGCCCGGGACUGCCCCGACGGCUCGGACGAGGCCGGGUGCCCCGACACGGCCUGCGGGAAACGCCUGGGGAACUUCUACGGAACAUUCGCCUCCCCAGACUUCUUCCGCUCCAACCGCAGCGCUGUGGGGGAGCUGAGGUGCUCCUGGCUACUGGACACUCGGGACCCGAAGCCCAUCCUGUUGCAGCUGGACCUGGGGUUAGGACCGGCGGACUCCCUCCAUGUCUAUGAUGGGCUGGUCCAGAGAGCAGAGCGCCUCCUGCAGGCCCUGUCUCAUCAUAACAACAGGAGACCAGCCCUAUUAGAGUCCAGUAGAGGACAGAUGAGUCUACUGUACCUGGCCCAGCCACGCAGCCCUGGGCAUGGAUUCAACGCUACAUACCAGGUGAAAGGUUACUGUUUCCCGGGGGAGCACCCGUGCGGAGGGGACCAGGGCUGUUACUCCGAGCGCCAGCGCUGUGACGGGUACUGGCACUGCCCUACGGGGCGCGACGAGGAGGACUGCCCAGUUUGCCAGGAGGGGGAGUACCCCUGUGAGGGGGGCAGUGGGGCCUGCUACCCUGCCUCUGAACGAUGUAACAACCAGAAGAAGUGCCCAGACGGUUCAGAUGAGAAGAACUGUUUUGACUGCCAGCCGGGUAACUUCCACUGUGGCACCAACCUGUGUAUCUUUGAGACGUGGCGCUGUGAUGGUCAGGAGGACUGUCUGGAUGGUAGUGAUGAGAGAGACUGUUUGGCAGCUGUGCCCAGGAAGGUGAUCACUGCAGCCCUGAUAGGCUCUCUGGGCUGUGGCCUCCUCCUGGUCAUAGCUCUGGGCUGUGCAUUCAAACUCUACUCCCUCCGGACAAGAGACUAUAGAGCGUUUGAGACCCAGAUGACCCGUCUGGAGGCGGAGUUUGUUCAGAGAGAGGCUCCGCCCUCUUAUGGUGAGCUGAUCGCCCAGGGCCUCAUCCCUCCAGUGGAGGACUUUCCUGUGUACAACCCCACUCAGGCCUCCAUGCUCCAGAACAUCCGUACAGCGAUGCGGAGGCAGAUCAGAAGACACUCCUCCCGCCGAGCCACGUCUCACCGUCGCCUGGGGCGCCUCUGGAGCCGUCUGUUCCACCGAGGGACCCGUGUCCGCGGCCAGAUCCCCCUCCUCACACCCCCCGGGUCCCAGGUGGCUCUGGGCCUGCACUCCUACCACACCUCGGAGGGGCCUGGAGCCAGGGCUGGGGAUGGAGGUGGUGGGGCUGGCAUGGUUGGGGGAAUGGCGGGCAUGGGACCAGCAACGACCCCGUCCCCCUGCUCUACGGCAGCGCUAGGCCUCGCCCUGCACGCCCACACCCAGGCCCUGUCACAGUCCCAGUCCUCCCACCCCUCCUUGGAGUCUCACCCCUCCCCACUCUCCCCCUCUGACAGUGAACCAUCCAUGGGGUCUCCAUGUUCCCCAGAGAGCCGGGGCAGCAGGGUUAGGUUCCCCCUCAGCGAGCCCUCCACCCCUGGGCAGCAGAGUGACUCAUUAACGUCUGCCCAAAGCAGACUGACCCAGGAGCGCCCCCAAGAGGGCAGCACAGGUCAUUACACCCGCCGGGCCUCCAGGAAGCUGGUCCUGGGGCUGGCUGCCAACCUGAGAGGGGUGGCCCUACGACGCUACUCCCCCCUGGGGCUCACCUCCCCCGUUACCCCCCCUGUCCUUCCCCCUCCAGACUCCCAGCCGCCCUGCCACCCCCCCCUGACCUCCCCCCAGACGUCAUCCCCCUCGGGGGCUUCAGACGACAGUGAGAGGUUCCAUGCCCUGGAAGUGCCAUCCUGGGAGAGGUGUAAGAGCAGGGGGAUGGCUAUGGGGCCGCCUAGUGGACUGGACACCAGCAGGGGGAUGGCUAUGGGGGCGCCUAGUGGACUGGACACCAGCAGGGGGAUGGCUAUGGGGGCGCCUAGUGGACUGGACACCAGCAGGGGGAUGGCUAUGGGGGCGCCUAGUGGACUGGACACCAGCAGGGGGGAUGGCUAUGGGGGCGCCUAG